AUGGUCAAGGUACGAGCAACGCAGUGCACGAGUCACUCAUACGUCCUCAAGACUCCACAUGGCAGCCUUAAGGGGCUGGAGCAGAGGGACUUGUCUGGGAAAGCAAUUCUCCAUCGCUUCACCAAAGUUCCCUAUGCGCUGCCGCCGGUAGGAGAACUACGAUGGCGACGACCUCAGCCGCUACCGUCUAACUUCGCCUUCGACAAAUCCGGUGAACCAGGAGACUACACCGAGUUCGGACCCGUCUGCCCUCAACCAGCGUACGACCACACACUCGCGCAGCUGGACAACCCUGACGCUGCACCACCUGUGGACAACGUCCAAGAUGAGGACUGUUUGUACGUCAACAUCUGGGUUCCAGCAUCCCCAGCCCCGGAAGGCGGGUGGCCCGUUCAAUUCCAGAUCCACGGAGGCUGGCUUCAAAUUGGCGACGCAAUGCAGCAGACGGACCACGACCCAUACGAUCUACUGGCCGACACCACGCCGCGGAUCAUCGUGGCCCCGACGUAUCGCCUGAAUCUGUUCGGGUUUCUUGCGGGCGAAGAGCUCGCGUCGUUGCGCGAGGACCCUUCCCCUUCAAACUACGGCCUCUGGGAUCAACGCGUCGCCCUGGAAUGGACGGCCAAGUACAUCUCGCACUUCGGCGGCGACCCGAAGAACAUCACCGUGGGCGGGCUGUCGGCCGGCGCGAACUCGACCUUCUUCCAACUCCACUACGACAGUCUUCUCCCGCCCUCGCAACGCCUGAUCCGCCGCAUCUACCUCUGGUCCAACGCGGUGGCGAUCCAGCCUAACCGCGCAACCUCACCCGUUCUGACAGCCCAGUUCGACGACCUGUGCUCGCUCUUCUCCAUCCCAACCACCGCCAGCGCCCACACCAAACUGGCCUUGCUCCGCAAGGUCCCGUCGGCAGACCUCGUCGCUGCGAUAUCCAAGCUGAAAAUCCACACCUUCCGCUCCAGCACGGACAACGACUUCAUCCCGGACACUUUUCUCUCAUCCCUGCACUCGGGCUCCUUCACCACGCGGCUCUUCCACUCCGGCGUCUCCGUGCUGCUAGGCGAAGUCAGCGACGAGAAGGAACUAUAUAAACUCGUGAACCCACCCUCCACACAUUCAGCCCUACAGGUCCAACUAGCAAACUACUACCCAAAGGCCGUAUGCGACGCGCUCGUCCGGCUCUACGACAUCCCAGCACCACACACUCCCAGUGCAACGCCGGCCGCCUACGCCGAGGUAUUCAGCCAGAUCGUCGCGGACGGCCAAGUGCACGCGUCGCUUCGCGGCCUUACGCACAUCCUUCUCAACCCGCCGCGCACAAAUCCAGCCGUGAGACCUCUCCCGCCGAGCCGUGUUCACCGCUACCGGAUCUCAUGGCGCGCAGCUGGGCUCGACGCAUGGCUCAAGCCCGAGGUGAAAGUGUGCCAUGGCGGGGACAUGCCGAUCUGGUGGGCUUCGGGCUGGCGUGCGGACUUCACGGGCGCGGACAAGGCCGUGGCGAAGCAGUUCCUGUCGCCGUUUGGCGACUUCCUGUAUGGUCGCGACGUUAGCUGGGGAAGAAGUGGUGGUGGCGCGAAUGGCGGCAGCGAGGAUCGACUGAGGUGGCUUGAUGCAGAUGGCAAGAUCCACGAAGACCAUGUGGAUGAGCUGUGGGCCAGGGGCAUGCAGAUCUGGGACGCUGUUUGGGAGGCGCAAAAGGCGUCGGUCGCCAGGGAUACAGAGCUGGAUAGUCGGCUGUGA